CGAGUGAAACUUCAGCUAGUUUCCUUACUGUGGACAGAUGACUAUAGCCAAACGACCACACUAUCGUAUAUGGAGCUGAAACAAAAGAUAGAAACACUGGUAGGCAUAUAGGGCCGUAAAUGAAUAAUUGAUUCCCUUUACAUCACCGCAGCUAGCUAGCGUUACAAAUUACCUCAACAUAGUGUAUUGCGCACCCCAAGACAUUGUGGACCUUUUAGGGAUAAUGUAAACAAAAGACCAGCCAACUUCAGAAGUGGCAUUCUUGAGACCCGGGACCCCCCUCCCCUUGACCACCUGGUCACUCCGGCUCCUCCUCCUGGUGCAGUUAAUAAAAUUUAUCCCUAAGCCUGAGUACCUUACCAGCUAGGCUGACGCAAUCAUUAUCUAGCUCUGGUUUUCGUUACACGUAACCAUAACUUUGUUGCAUUUCUUUCGUUGCAAUUGUAUCUUCCAAGAAAAAAAAAAAACAAUACAAGAACAAUAGCCAGAGCUUGAUUGCUUGACCCAUCGGCUUUAUCAUGAUCAUCAUGCAUCAUACAACAUGAAGGGCUGCAAAGAACGUUCAAACUUUCUAGAUGGACAAUGUCGAUAUAGCAAAUAUUUCCUAUUUGUAUGGUUAUUAUUUAUCUUUUUUACAAUCUUCUUUUCAGCUGUUGGAAAUUUUUAAAAUCGACACUACUUUUGUAUCGGGAUACGUCGAAGAGUUCACUAAAAGUACGAAGCCAUCCCCUCAAACAUCAACCAAACCAACAAAGCCCGGAAUAACGACACCUGGUUCCCAGACCACCACAUCGUCUGUCUCCGUUGCAACUGGCAGACCAACGACCAGACCAACACUGUUUUCACCAGGAACCACGCAGGCCACAACUCCGGCUUCAAAGCCAACUUCGAGUGGGACCUCCAAUGUGAAGCCCACAGUAACAGUGUCAACCAUUCUGAAGUUUGGUCCUGGUGUAGCUCCUGACCCAACUAAGCCACUUCAAGACCAUUUGAGGAAGAACCUUGGGCGACUUUCAGCUCCUUUAAAUCAGAAAUCCCUUAUUCAGUCUGUUAGGAUAGUGCAUCCAGGCGUUCCACCAGCGGUAUUGGGAACUUGCACCUCAAGCUGCCUCACAACCUGCGUCGUGUCUUGCAACCCAUUCUGUUGUAACUCUAAAAAAAAGUAUUUGAAUCAGAUGGCUAUACAACCACCAAGACCUGUACAGCUACCGUGUAUCCCUAGUGCUGACAACAUUUGUCCGCCUCAGAUGAAUCCCCCUGUAAAGGCAACGAAAGUAACAGAUCCUCCACAGCAUAUAAUUCAUCUGCCACCUCCGCAGAUGCAACCACCAUGACGUGGCUCCUUUAUAUCAUUAUAAAAGACAAAACAUUCCAUAGGCCAUUUCCGAGUUACCAUGUGCC